CCAGCGCAACUUUUCUAACAAGCACACUUUGUUUUUCUUAGUUUUUUUUUUUUUUUUUUUUUUAUAAACUACUUUUGAUUGAAUUCUGGUCGCUGCAAAGAUGACCACAGCCGUGGUGUCGCCUUUCUUCGACUUCGAAGUAAUGAACAAGAACAACAAACUUCUCAGCUACAACAACAACCUGGGUGCCCACCAUCCCAUGUCUGUCCCUUGCACUGGCACUAAUGUGCCCAUCUCCAGCCCCGCCGGAGCCCUGCUGGACAGGAAGGCGGUGGGAUCUCCCUCGGUGGGAGGCGUGUACCAGCGGCGGCACUCUGUCAGCAGCUCAAAGUUCAACCAGAACCAGUUUCUGAACAGCCUGAAGACAGCGGACCACUCCUCACUCAUCUCAGGGCUUGGCAAUGCCAGCAACAACAAGGAGAACCGCAUGCGAGACCGCUCCUUCUCCGAGACGGGUGACAGGCUCCUCAAGUGCCUCGGCCCUGCAAGUCCCACCGGCGGCAGCCAAGUGAACUCCAGCCGUUACAAGACGGAGCUUUGCAGGCCCUUUGAGGAGAACGGUUCCUGCAAGUAUGGAGACAAAUGCCAGUUUGCUCAUGGAAUCCAUGAACUGCGCAGCCUGAGCCGCCACCCCAAAUACAAAACUGAGCUGUGCCGCACCUUCCACACCAUCGGGUUCUGCCCGUACGGGCCUCGCUGCCAUUUUAUCCACAAUGCUGAGGAGCGCCGUGGUCCUCCCCAGCAGUGCUCCCCUCUUAACUCCUCCAACAAGAUGGAGAGGCCUCGACUGCAGCACAGCUACAGCUUCGCAGGCUUUUCCAGCUCAGCUGGGCUGAGAGACAGCCCCACCUCGGUCACCCCUCCACCCAUGUUCUUCCCCGAUGAGGUCCCCGACUGGCCCAGCAGUAACCCCUUCACCUACUCCAGCCAGGAGCUGGCCAACUUGUUUGGGCCCAGUCUCAGUAUCGGUCCUGUAGGCACAGAGCCCAACACCCCUGCACCUCCCUCUCCAACAAGCACACCUUACUAUUUCAGACCCAUGUUGGAGUCCCCUCGCAUGUUCGAGUCUAAUGGCCCUCCAUCCGACUCUCUGUCAGACCAAGAGGGCUACCAGAGCAGCUCUGGAGGCAGCCUGAGUGGCUCCGAAUCCCCCACGCUGGAUACCACCCGCCGCCUUCCCAUCUUCAGCCGCCUCUCCAUCUCUGAUGACUAGACUGCUCCCAGUGACUUUAAGUUCGAUGACACAAAGAGAACACGGCACUCCCCUCUACCUCUGCCCUUUUCCUACGCUUCCCUCACACAACACCUUGUUAGCAUUGUAAGGAUGCAGUCAAUUAAGGGAACUCUCAACUCAAACUGUCAUUUCACCCCUGUUAAUCUGCACAGCAAGUUUUAAAAAGUACCCUGCCAUGUGUCAUAGUGCCAAAAAAAACCAGAGGAAAUUGAACAAUGAAAAUCAUCAUGAGAACAAGAAUUGACUGUUUUGCCAGGUGCCACUUGUUUUUUUUUUUUCUUUCUUCAUUUGUUCUUGAAUGUGUAGCAGCACAAGUGGCCUUGGAAAGGGGAGUGCAUUGCACUAGCCCCCCCCCCCCCUUAACCUCCUACCCUUCUCUCCCCUCCCCGACGAUACCACUUCCCCUGAGCUAGCUAGAGGGUGUUCACUAACGUAACUGUAGAUCUACAGCAGCCGUUUUUACAGACUGAGUUAAGACAAAAAGGAAAAAAAAAUAAAGACCCUGAAAGAUAUGAAUAGAUUUUAAUAAGAAAAAAAGUGCCUGGGGCGGUUUCUGCAUGUGUUUAGGGUGAAUGGACUACUGUUUUGUUUUUGGUUCUUGGUUCUUUCUCAUUUACCCCCCCCCCCCCUCCAUCCACCCCCCCCAUCAGUUCUUCUCAAGCCCUGUCUUAUGUAAUUGUGGACUUGGAGAGUCUGCAGGAAGGACUUUGAACUGGAAGUUGGUUAUGAUCCCCUCCUCCCUGAGUUUUCUCCUCCUGUUGCUGGUCACUGGCUCUUUUUUUUUUUUUUUGGGAAGGAAGUCUUGAUAUCAAACUGAUCAUUAAACCUGUAAGACUUUGUCCCGCCUCUCAACCCUGCCCCCGCCUUCAUCCUCGACGAUCUGGGAAAUUCCAGCCUUCCCAUGGUGCAGUUGUACAUCCUGCGACUUGAUGAGAUCGGAUCUCCAAGCUAUUUUACGUUACUUCUUCCCCCCCCCCCCCCACUUUAGUACCUGCUCCGAGGAGCACUCUACUCAUUACAUCCCUUUUUUUUUUUUUUGCUUUUCUUUAUUUGAUAAUUAUUUUUUAUUAAUGUUAUUAUUACGUUUUAUUAUUGUUUUGAAAAACUUUCCAGACAGAAGGUUUGCGUGUCACUGCUUAUUUAACUUAUCAGAACAUAUUUAUUGCUGAUCAUAUGCAUUUUUUGUUAAUUUUGUUUUGUAUUUAUCUGGAUAAUGAACAAUAGAAUAUAUUUUCUUUUAUGUUAAAUUAUGAUCUUCCAUAUUAAUCUAAAGAUUGUGAAGACUUUUUUGUCAGUUUUCCUUUUUUUCACAGUUUAAUAUAUUGUACUUCAAUGACUUUUGUUCUGCAACUACACUUUGUCAAAAAUGAAACUUAAUUUAAAGCAAAAAAAAGAUGUUUCGCGUUUUGAUUAUUUAUUGUACUUUUUUUUCUUACUCCCUCUUAUUGGACUGCAAUUCCAUCUGAACUAGAUCUGCUUGUAUUCAUUCCUGAUGUUUUCCCCUCCACACCGUACAAUAAUCUGACAGUAACGGUAGCUAACUGUUGAGACGUUGCUUCACCUCGGAUCAGAUGAGUAUUUACUCGCAGGACUUGGGUUGAUGGUAGAAGUAAAGGUGUUCGCAUCACUGGUUUAGAGUUAGAAGACUGGUUAUGUUGAAUGUCUUCUGUCAGUAAUGUUCUUACACCCAGUCUGUUAUUACAAGCAAUAGCUGUGACCAAAUGGGUGGAGGAAAGUUCUUUAAAAUUAGUUUUCCUUUUUUUAAAUUUGAUUGGAUGCUUGAUGCACUUGCUUGGCCCCCCCUCUUGACCAUUGGAAGUGCCUCUUUGAAUACAUUCCAGGUAGCUAAGGCUUCUCUGCCUUUUUUUUUUAUAUUUGAUAAAUGGAGGACAAUUAAGUUUUGUUUUUUUUUAAUCUUUUAAAGUUACUUAUUCUGUGAUGCCUUCACGUGUUCAGAAGAGGUAAAUGGAUUUUGACACAAAGAAAGUAAAACAGUGGAAUGUAUUUUUUCAGCCAUGUUUUUUUCACUACAGUAAUUUCUGUGAGUUUAUAUGAAAGCCUGUUUUUUUUUUUUCUCCCCUUUUUUUGUAAGUAUUGAUGCAGUUAAGUCAAUAAACCCCGUAUUUUUUGAAAAGUUAAA